CGGGACACCGGCCGGAAGUGCCUGUGUUGUGGAGGAAGGAAGUGCUUUCUGGGAGUACCUGGUGCUGACAGAAGGGUGGCCGGUAAACAUGAUUCAGGCGAUUCUGGUUUUCAACAACCAUGGGAAGCCACGGCUGGUCCGCUUCUACCAGCGUUUCCCAGAAGAAAUUCAGCAGCAGAUUGUUCGAGAGACUUUCCAUCUAGUUCUCAAGCGAGAUGACAACAUCUGUAACUUCUUGGAGGGUGGCAGUUUGAUUGGUGGCUCUGACUACAAACUGAUUUACCGACACUAUGCUACCCUCUACUUUGUGUUUUGUGUGGAUUCUUCAGAGAGUGAACUUGGGAUCUUGGACCUCAUCCAGGUUUUUGUGGAGACACUAGAUAAGUGUUUUGAAAAUGUGUGUGAAUUGGAUUUGAUCUUCCAUAUGGAUAAGGUGCACUACAUCCUCCAGGAGGUGGUGAUGGGUGGAAUGGUGCUGGAAACAAACAUGAAUGAAAUCGUGGCUCAGAUUGAAGCUCAGAACAGGCUGGAGAAAUCGGAGGGUGGCCUUUCAGCAGCCCCUGCACGGGCUGUGUCUGCUGUGAAGAACAUCAAUCUGCCUGAGAUUCCACGCAACAUCAACAUUGGCGACCUCAACAUCAAAGUCCCCAACCUGUCCCAGUUUGUGUGAAGGUGGAGAACCAGGCUGAACUGGAGUCCUUAGGACAACCAAAGCCAGUCACAUGCAGAACCAGAACCCAUUUGAGCCUUAGAAGAGUCACGCCUCAGGACCCUGAGCCUUUGUCUGAGAAGACUGCUCGACUGGAGUGGGAAGGAGUUCAAGAGCACGCUGCUGGGGCAUGCUCAGUCCUUCUUCAGGCAGUCCUGCUGCUUUGUGACACACAUGGCCACUGUACACUGCAGCGGGCCCUGCCUUCAUCAGAAGGGAGUCAGCGCACCUAAGCUGCUUGUUCCAUUACUUUCCCCAGCAUGGUCACCACUAGGGGUUGGGGACUGUGUGGAGCAGGCCACCUGAACCCAAGGCCCCACAACUGGGAGUAGACAUAUUUUCCCACCUUCCUUAGCACCAUAGGCUUGAUCUCCUGUAGCACUUGCUUAUGGCACACGGCCAUAGAGAGGCCAGCCCAUUGCUGGAGGCACAGGUGAUGAUGGGGCUUGUGCUAGCUCUGUUAGGGUCAUCACAGUAGAACCAAGCUUUUUGGUCACCAUUUGCUACAGAGCACAUUUCUCCCACUGGUAGAGUCCCAUUUUGUUAUUAGAGGUGUCUGUGAGCAGGACACUUUUAAAUCAUAUGCUGGGUGCUCACUACUACAUCUGCCACUGGAGAGGUCACCCCCACUCCAGAAGAGAGGCUCAUUUCUAUAGAAGAUAAGGUUGACCACAUGUGGACCAUCCCAGACUUAUGACUCUUCCCAAGGUGAAAAUAUACUCUCCUUCUGGACGCAGAA